GCACCGCACCGGCUUCGCCCCCCGCGCCCGCCCGCCCGGCCCCCGGAGCCGCUGCCCGGCCGGAGGAUGGGGGAGCGGCGGCGCUGAGCCCCGGGGGCCGGCCGGCAUGGGCUCGGGGGCCGCGCUGCUGGCCACUGCCAUGUCGUCCUCCUUCUUCAACCCCAGCUUCGCCUUCAGCUCGCACUUCGACUCGGACAGCACCCCCCUGAGCGAGCUCUCCUGGUCCUCCUCGCUGGCGGUGGUGGCCGUUUCCUUCUCUGGGCUCUUCACCUUCAUCUUCCUCAUGUUGGCUUGUCUGUGCUGCAAGAAGGGCGACGUCGGCUUCAAGGAGUUUGAGAACGCGGAGGGGGACGACUAUGGCGCGGAGUUCUCGGCCCAGGGCUCGCCGGCGGUGCAGAAUGGCCCCGAGGUGUACAUCCUGCCCCUCACCGAGGUCUCGCUGCCCAUGUCGAAGCAGCCGGGGCGCUCAGUGCAGCUGCUCAAGUCCGCGGACCUGGGGAGGCACAGCCUGCUCUACCUGAAGGAGAUUGGGCACGGCUGGUUCGGCAAGGUGUUCCUGGGCGAGGUGAACUCGGGCAUCAGCAGCACCCAGGUGGUGGUGAAGGAGCUGAAGGCCAGCGCCAGCGUCCAGGACCAGAUGCAGUUCCUGGAAGAAGCCCAGCCAUACAGGGCUCUCCAGCACACCAACCUGCUGCAGUGCCUGGCCCAGUGCGCCGAGGUGACCCCCUACCUGCUGGUCAUGGAGUUCUGCCCGCUGGGUGACCUGAAGGGCUACCUGCGGAGCUGCCGGGGGGCUGACUCCAUGACGCCCGACCCCCUCACCCUGCAGAGGAUGGCUUGUGAAGUGGCCUGUGGCAUCUUGCACCUGCACAAGAACAACUACGUGCACAGCGACUUGGCUUUGCGGAACUGCUUACUCACUGCCGACCUGACUGUCAAGAUCGGGGACUACGGCCUCUCGCACUGCAAGUACAAAGACGACUACUUCGUGACGGCCGACCAGCUGUGGGUGCCGCUGCGCUGGAUCGCGCCCGAGCUCAUCGACGAGGUGCACGGCAACCUGCUCAUCGUCGACCAGACCAAGGCCAGCAACAUCUGGUCGCUGGGCGUGACCAUCUGGGAGCUGUUUGAGCUGGGCAGCCAGCCUUACCACCACUACUCGGACCGGCAGGUGCUCACCUACGCCAUCAAGGAGCAGCAGCUCAAGCUGCCCAAGCCCCAGCUGAAGCUGUCGCUGUCCGAGCGCUGGUAUGAGGUGAUGCAGUUCUGCUGGCUGCAGCCCGAGCAGCGCCCGACGGCGGAGGAGGUCCACCUGCUGCUCUCCUACCUGUGCGCCAAGGGGGCCACGGAGGUGGAGGAGGAGUUCGAGAAGCGCUGGAACUCCAUGAAGCCCAACAGCAGCUCCAGCGCCAGCCACCACGGCGCCGAGGUCUCGUCCUUCCCGCUGCUGGAGCAGUUCUCCGCCGACGGCUUCCACUCGGACGGGGAUGACAUCCUGACGGUCAUGGAGACCAGCCACGGCCUCAACUUCGAGUACAAGUGGGAGCACACUAAAGCCGAGCACUUCCAGGCGCCCGCGGGGGCCCUGAGCCCCAGCAGCGCCGCUCAGUACCAGGACCUGUACUACCCGGCCACCUCGGUGGGGCGGCUCAGCCUCGGCGUCUCGCCGUCCUGCUACGAGUGCAAGCGGCAGGGCUGCCAGAGCCUGCACACGCCCGGCGUGGUGCCCAUCCUGGCUGCCCACAGCCCCUCGCUCAGCAACGAGUACUACAUCCGCAUCGAGGGCCCCGCGGAGGGCGGCCCCGAGCUGGACUACACCAUGUGCUCCUACAGCCCCGACUACGAGGGCGGCUCCCCGGAUAAGGCGCCCUGCUGGCAAGCCCCAGGGGACACCGGCAGUGUCAUGUAUGACUCGGACAACAGCCCCACCGUCUCCCUGAGCAUGGAGCCGCUCCUGGGCCACGCGCCCCCCAGCGAGAGCUCCUGGGAGCACGCCGAAUACUACCCCUACGCCAGCCGCAGCAAGGAGCGCCGCUACUACGAGCCCUCCCCGAGCGACGGCACCGACCAGUACCUGCUGGAGGAGCCCCCGGAGACCGCCAGCAAAGCGUGGCCGGUGCCCGGCUUCUGCAAGAGCAUCUUCCAGGACCCCCUGGGCGUCUCGCCGUCGGUGAACUGUGCCUACAGCCCCCGCAGCUACGAAGAGCCUGACCUUGCUGGGAGACGGCUGGACUACCCGGGGCAGAGCGCGGCCGGCGGGACCCCCAGCUCCAGGCCGGACUGCGUCACACUGGAGCUGGGCGAGGAGAGCCCGUGCGGCAGCCCCGGGCGCCGGAGCCAGCAGGCGGGGGACGAGGCCUUCCUGGACGAGGCAAGCCCCGUGGCUCAGCACUGGACCUCCAACAGCUCGGCCAACAACAACAGCAGCAACUGUGCCCCGCCGCCCUGCGAGCCCCCCGCCAACGACAGCUGGUGCUACCGCCACAUGAUCACCUUCCGGGGGCUCAUGGCCGAGCCCCUGGGCUCGGUGCCGCGGGACGAGGCCGAGCUCGAGGACUCUCCGCCGGAGCGCCGGACCCCGCUGCUCAGGGGCUUCCGGAGAGUGCUGCGGGACCAGCCCCUCGCCAAGGACGGCGGCUUCCGGCCAGACCCCGUGGAGCGCGUGGCUCUGGCCACCAUGGAGGACUCCUCGGCCACCUCCUCGUCCUCCUCCUCCCCCUCCCCGCACUGCCUGGACCGGGACAGCAGUGACUCACGCGCCUGCGGUCAUUCGGAAGCGACGGCCCUGGCAGGCGUCCCCGGCGCACCACGUGCCUCGGGCGCAGAGCUCCCCGCUGACCCAGCGGCUGGAGCCGGGGCCCAGACGUGUGCCUACGAUGCCAGCGCGGCGCCGAGACCCGCCGAGAGAGAGGAGGGGAGCCGCCGUGCCCAGACGCCGCAGCCCAGGGGCAUGGAGCUGCCGGGGCUGGUGGAUUCGGGGCUGGCGGAGGUGGGGGCACCGCUCCAGCUUGCCGAGAGCCCGGCUGGGCCGGCCGAGGCAGCGUCCCUUGCUCUGGGGGUGGCGGAGUGGACUGUCCCUCCUGCCGAAGCGGAGGGGGAGCUUUGCUCCGACUGUGCCCACGUCCCCUCGGAGGCCUCGGAGGCAUCUAGCCAGGCCCCGAGAGACGUGACCGUGGAGAGCGGCAAGAGCCUGACCAGCGACCUGGACCGGACCCCGGACAAGACGUUCUCGAGCACCAGCUUCCCCGACACAGACGAGGGCAGCGACGAGGACACCACGGAGCUCACCUCCGGCAUCUUCACCGACUUCUCCAGCGACUACGUGGAGCGAGCGGACAUGGCCCCGUCUUUCAAGUCCCUGCAGAAGCAGGUGGGGACGCCGGACUCCCUGGACUCGCUGGACAUCCCGUCCACCGCCAGCUCCUGCGAAGUCUUCAGCCCCACGGCGUACAUCCCCUCCAGCCAGCCCAAGGCCCUGGACAGCGGCUACGACACCGAGAACAACGAGUCCCCCGAAUUCGUCUUGAAGGAGCCGCAUGAGCCCCGGGAGCCGGAGGCCUUCGUCCCACUGGGGAAGCCGCUCACGGGCGAAGAGGACGAUGCGGCCUCGGAGAUGCGGCUGUCUUCGUCCUUCAGCACCGAGCUGCACGGCCUGAGCGAGAAGAACCCGUACCGCGACUCUGCCUACUUCUCCGACUACGACGCGGAGGCGGAGCGGUACCCGAAGGAGGAUGAGGACAGCGACGGGUCUGAGGGCCAGGAGGAGGAGAGGGGCUGCUCCCAGCUGGACUCAGAGGAUUUGGGGAGAGCGGCGAGCCAGGGCGGUACUGGGGAGGAGACGUCUCACCCCUGCGACACCCCCGAGAGCGUGCAGGGAUCUGCCGGCGUUGCAGAGGCCUCCACGGAGGUCGAAGCUCCUGAUGGAGAUGUUGCAACUGCGAAGGAAGCCCUGGGAUCGGGGGCUUCCCCCUUGCCACCAGCGCCCAUGGUGGAUGCUGCUGCCGAAGCCGAGGAGAGGGUCUCGGGCCCCGAGCUGGACUCAGACGGCUCCAGAGAGGCAGACGGAAGUGAGCAUCCCCCAGCCCCCAGCCUCCCAGCGGGGCCCGUGCCAUCCAAAGUCUUCUUUCUGUCUCCAGUGGUUAUGAGCCCAGAGGAUGCGGCUCCCCCAAGCCCCGGCGUAGGCAGCCACGUGCCGGAGGUGGCCACAGAGCGGGCGCGAGACACCGAGGCCGGUGCUGGGCCGGUCGUGGUCCCCGGCUCCGACCCCGGGGAGCAGGAGCAAGUGUUGGAGGGGGAAGCGCGAGAGAAAUGCCCCAGCAUGGCCCCCGUGGAGGACGCGUCGCCCACCCAGGCUCCCCAGCUGUCUCUGGACCUCUCCACGCUGCAGCCCCCGCGGGAGCCGCGGCGGGACGAGCCGGAGGAGGAGGAGGAGGACACGGAGGACAGCGACGAGUCGGACGAGGAGCUGCGCUGUUACAACAUCCAGGAGCAGAGCGAGGAGAGCGAGGACGAGCCGGCGGCCGUGCCCAUCGUGGUGGCCGAGAGCCACAGCGCCAGGAACCUGCGCAGCCUCCUCAAGAUGCCCGGCCUGCUGCCCGAGACCUUCUGCGACGACCUGGAGCGCAAGAAGAAGGCCGUGUCCUUCUACGACGACGUCACCGUCUACCUCUUCGACCAGGAGAGCCCCACGCGGGACCUCGGCAACCCGACUUUCCCCGAGGCGGCCGAGUCUUCGCCGCAGCCCGCGCAGAACGACGGGUCCGGCCCCCCGAGCCCAGCAGACCGAGCGAAUGCCUCCGACGACUCCUCGGAUGGGAACGCCUCGGAAGAGAGUGGCGGAUUCGAGUGGGACGAUGACUUUCCGCUCAUGCCCGUGAAGUCGUCCCUCAUGUCCUCGCUGACGGUGACCGCGGUGGUGCCCGACCCAGCUGUCACCCCCCUGCCCGCGCUGGUCCCCGUCCAGAAGCAAGCGCUGCCCAUCCAGCUCUCGCGGUUCACGGUCUCGCCGGCCCCGGUGUCCAGAUUCUCCAUCACGCACGUCUCCGACUCGGACAUGGAGUCCAUAGGAGCAGCUUCAACUGUUUUUCGUGGCCACAACUAGCAACUUAUCAUCCUCAGGAUCAUGCUUCGUUAUGCACAAUUAUGGGUCUUCUCUGGGGGGGUGGGACCUAGGCCCCUUGGGGGCUGGGGGUGGCCCAAGGCCUGGGCUCUCUGUGACUGCCAUUCAGUGGCUGGGUGCAGUCCUGGGGCUUGGAGGAGCUUGGUGGCCUCCUGCGGUGUGGUAAAGCCAGGGGCUGAAUGCCUGCUUGUGUGCCUCUUGCCUGGGCUGGGCAGCUGCUCUCUUUGGCAGAUGGAAGAGCUGAGUUUUGGCUGCAUACGUGGCGUGGCACCCCGCUGUUCCCCCCACCCCUGGCACCAGGGCUUUCCAAAAGAAAGAAGCAGAAAGAGAGCAGGGAAGCAGGCACUUGAGCCCAGGGGUGUUUUGGGCAGGCGCCCACCACCAGGCUGGCUCGGGUAGCCCAGCACUUGGGGGUUUUGGAGGGGCAGGGCCUGCUCGAAGGGGCGCACAAUAGCUCGGUGGCUGGCGUGGGUGAGGCUCUGGGCUCGCGUUGGUGCCGCGUGUUUCUUCGUGAGACCGGGGUGCGUGGCGGGGAGGAGGUUCGUCCUCAGGCUCAGCCUCUCCGCGCGCUCUCUCUGUUGCAGGUAGCAGCGAAGACGGGGACAGAGAGUGAGCGCGCCCGCCGGGCCGGUUGGAUUCACCCCCGCCAGCAUCGGCUUCCACCUCCGAGCUGCGGAGAGGAGAUGGAGGCCAGGAGCUCGGCCUUGCCCACGGACUCCUGGACCUUGCUCUAUGUGUUUUUUUUUAAGGCAGAUUUUAUGGGCAGGAUUUUGCUUGCUGGAGCAGCUGCCGGCGGCCCCCGCGGCGCGGUGGUUGGUGGAGACUGUGCGCCUGCCUCUGUAUGUGUGUGCGCGUGUGUGUGAGUGUGCGCAAGUGGGCGUGCGUGCGUGUACAUACACCUAUAUAAAUUAUAGCAUUUAAAGGGUAGCGCCAUGACCUUGCUAACAUCGCUGACUCCCCAGCUUGGCCAUUUCGCCACCCAGCAGAGCCCACGCUUCACCGGCUCCCUGAGAAGAGCCCAGCCUCGCCUCCCCGUGACGACCCCCGUCUCGUUCUGUCCGGUCGGACCCGACCUGCAGUCAGCUUGGCACUCGUGUGCUUUCACGCCAGUAGUGAGGAGCGGGUGCCCCCCUGCCACCCCAACCACGUGCCGCUGCUGCCCUGCCUGCCGGCACUCUGUUGCUUGGUACCAAGGCACCGUUCGUCUGUGCUGCUGGUUUUUCCGCCUUCCCGCUGGGUGUUUGUAACCUCCAGAGACGCCCCCUGCUCCUGGCACUGGGUUGGAUGCCUCCCAUGGGUGGAAGAAGAGAGCUCGGGAUGGUCACAGCAGUGCUCAGCGUUGGGGCCAAGGAUGGGAAGAAGCAGGUUCGGCCCCUGCCGCACGUUUUGGCUUUGGACAGACGCAGGGAAGCUGGAGAAAGGGCCUGGAUGUGCACCAAGCCCUCCUGUGCCCUGCCUUCAUCGCCAGUGACCAGAAGACGCUCGUGGCACUUUGCUGUGCUUUUCCAGGACUUUCGCUAGCCCUGAGGGGGUCUGGAUCCCAGCCCUUGGCUCCACGGCGGGGCCUGCGGCUGGAGGCUUAGGAGCGCUGUGCAAUGGCGACUGGCCGAGGGAGAGCGGCGCAGCCCGUCGAGGGGCCGUGCGGCAGGGCGGCUGCUGGUGGCCCAUAGACCAAACCCUGAGGGGCUGUUGUCUUGCCUGGGCCAAUGGGGACAGAAAACGUCUGCCUUCUCGUCUGCAGGCCGGGUGGCUGUCAGAGGCUGUCUCCUUGCGGGCAGGGGUGGGCGCAGGGCACACCAGGAUGGGGGCAGCUGCUGCUGAGCUCCGCACCAAGCUCCCUGCAGCACCCCGGGCACGCGUGGUGCUGAUGGGCAGUGCCCUCAGGGGCUGGAGGGGAGGGGGGUACCCCAUUUUCCAUGAUCCCCCCCCACCGCAGUUCCUCAUGCAUCUGCACCCUGGGGCGGAGGUCCCGGAGGUGCUGCCCACAGUGACGCCAAGCCCCAUGGCUGCGGGGGUGCAGCGUGUUCGGCUCCAGGGCAGGUGUCUGGGGCACCGAGUGCAUCUUCAUUUGCACCCAUCACCCCUGCGUGGGCUUUUGCCCUUCUCCCAGCAGCAAGGAUCGAACGAGCGUGGAUCUAAGUAGCGUAGCCCCCUGCUCUCAUCGCCACCACUGCCGUGCUGAUGUGCCAGCCCUGAGACCCCGGGGCUGGGGGGGGUUGUGCUGCCCCUCCCCUCACCCACCCUGUCCCCUUCUUCCUUGGCAGCUCACAUCUGCUCCUGGCUCCAGUGCAAGGGGCCUUUUCUAAGCAGGAAUGGGGCAGGGGAGCCAGGCUGUCCCCAGCACCCCCGGGCACUGCCCCUUGUCCAGCUCUGCCACCCACCCAGGCCGCUUGUUGGGAUUCGGCCGAGCGAGAGGAGGGCGGGCAGCUUGCUGGGAGGAACAGGAGCAUCUGCAGUUGGUGCUGCCGGAGGCUUUUUUCUCCAGGGGAGAGUCUUGCCCCACCCCACAAAAAAAGGGCCUGCUCUGACAGGCUGGCCCAUUCACUCCUUGUCACCCCCUCCCCCCCCCCAAAGGUUAGAGGAGCUGGAAGGGAAAGGCAGCGCGCCCAAGCCCUGCUCAGCAGGGGUCUGGCACUGGGGGGGCGGGCGCUCGGUGAAGUCAGAGCAGGGUGCUGCUCCAUGACACCCCCACCCGCAGCACUGCUAGCCCCCCCACCCCGCCCCACCCGCCAGCCUUGGGCCAGCCUGUCCUGCAGCGCCGGAGGUGCCAGGGGGUGUGCGCCAACCACCGGCCCCGUCCUCCAUUGCACACACACACACACACACACACACACACACGCCUUGCUAAAGCUGCCAGUAUGUGCCCCCAACACACACACACACACACACACACACACACACACACACACACACACACCCUUGCCACCCUAAAGCUGGCAGCGCGUGCAUGUGUGUGUGUGCGCGCGCGUAUGAGAGACACCCCGACACACACACACACACACGCCUUGCUAAAGCUGCCAGUAUGUGCCCCCAACACACACACACACACACACACACACACACACACACACCCCUUGCCACCCUAAAGCUGGCAGCGCGUGCGUGUGUGUGUGUGCGCGCGCGUAUGAGACACACCCCGACACACACACACACACACACACACACACGCCUUGCUAAAGCUGCCAGUGUUUGCGCACCCCCCCAACACACACACACACACACACACUCUCCUUUCCACCCUAAAGCUGCCAGUGUUGUUCCCCCUGCCCCCCCUCCCCACCCACCCACACCCACGCACGCACGCACGCACGCACGCACACGCUCCGGGCCUGCUAAAUGCUGCAGAUGGCAAAUUACCAUCUCACGUGUGUGCUGGCAAUUAAGAGGCCUGCGCCCAGCCCGCCUCCGCCACGGGGCACUGGGGGCCUGCCUGCCUGGCGGUGCUGGGCAGGGUUUUUGGGGGGGCCGGGGCGUGUCGGGUGUUGCUCAUGGUCUGUGCAGCACCGAGCGCAGGCGAGGAGGAGGCUGGCUAGAGCUGUCCCCAGUGUGGAGGACCUGCUGGGUCUGCAGCUGCCUGCCGGUGGCUGCGAUCCUGCCAAGCAGAGCGUUGGAAAUGCCAUCACGCCAGGAACCGCACCAUGCCCACUGCACCCAGAGCACCCCCCCAUAUUACCCCCCCCCAGAUCCACGCUCAUCCAAGCCCAUUAUAAGCAACGCACUGGUGCUGGGGCACUGGGGGUGGGGAGUUGUUGCCUGGCAGGGACAACUUCCAGGCCACAGCCCCGUCCCAGGGCAGUCACGGGGGGCUUAGGCAUGGAGCGGGCCGGCCCUGGGUCAGCAGGAGUGGUCCUUGCCCUCGUAUCAUCUUGUCGGGCUAGGUGGACAGCACCCCAGGGUUUGGUCUAUGCCUCUGGAGGGGCAGCACGCGGGCAGAGCUACGUCUGGGAUUAUUUUUUUUAAAGAUAGAAAGGCUACGACAUUGUCUAUUUUAUCAAUACGGGUCAUACUUGCUGUAUUUUUUAUCAGUGCUGAUGUCCAUGCAGCUCCCAGCAUGUGUGUCAACUCUCAUUGGUCCAAUAAUAAACUUUUUAAAAUAUC